CACCAGCCGACCGCGUACCUACAACCACAACAUCCACUGUUCCUGGAUUCCGAUUCCUUCCCCCACAAAGGCCUCUGGCUGUAGGAAGCUCGCCAAAAUGCCGCCAACUACAGCACAAAAAGCACUCAUUGCUACGUUCAUGUCACUUACAGGUGUGAACGAGAAAACCGCAGGAAAGGUAAGUUGCGACUGCUUAGGUUCCCCUGGUCUGGUCGGAGGGGAGGGAAGGAAAGCAUUGGAAGGCGCGAUGAUGAUAAUGUUGAUGCUAAUGGCUCCUUCUGUAAUCAAUAGCUUCUGAAGGCCUCUGGCUGGAAGAUUGACCAAGCAUCUGAUAGGUAAGAGAAGAACUUGCGCUCUUUUCCAUUCACAUAUUUCCCCCUUCGUUCCAAUCGAUCUCGAUCUCGAGUCUUGCCCCGAAUUUUUGGACAUCGACGACCCUCUUCCUCAACUCUUGACUAUCAUGUCUAUUACCGCCGCCGACUUCGAGGCUAUACCUAACAUCAUUCUUGACCAUCGGUACGUUUAUGGCGCGUCGCUUGAUCUCGCCCUGCGAAAACGGGAAACAAGAUACUACGACCAGGUUCCCCACAAUCUGAGGGAAAGUGGAAUUAUCAUCGCUGAUCCUCCUCCUUUGCUUGCACCCACUGGAGGGACUCUUGCUUAUGGACUCGAAAUAUGGAACAACCGUCGCUGGAUCUCCGACCAAAAGAGGGAACGUAGGCUGGAAGGCGCACGCUCCUUACAAGCCAUCACACCUAACUAUGAGGACAUUUCCUGGUUUGUAGGGCCAGCUGCAUACAGGCUUCUCAAAUCAACUGGGAAGUCAUUGUCACAAUUUGACUUGUCUUCAAAACAUCUAUCUGCAGAACUUCCGCAGUCAAAGAGCGUCUAUACUCCACACAAGCGCAAAGUUAUCGCCGAUGUGAUGCUCUUACCAACCUCAAAUCUAGAGUAUAUCAGCCCUCUCAGCAACAUAUUCCCACUACUUCUGGUGAAGGAGAUUGGUCGCAUGGGAACCACUGUGGGCUGCGGGAUAUUUGACGGUGAUUAUGAUGAAAAGCCAGUUCAUCCACUGAUGACUCCAACAAAAUUCGAGGGUUUGGAUGAUAGAGUUUCUGCUCAUUUGUUCUGCCCACCCAAGAAGCUUCCUUGUGGCGCCUCAAGAUCUCGGCAUUCACUACAGUCCUCAGAUCUUUCUGUUUACCGAGUACCUCAGCGCCGCCCUCGGUACUUCAGGGGCACCAAUAGACAUACCUCUAGAGAGAUACUGGUGUAUUCUACUCGACUUCCAACUACCCCACCACCGAAUUUGGCUCAAAUUGGAAAUCCACCUUCAGAUAUUUGCUUAUCCAUUUUGAAUGGUUUACCGCCCACAGCGUCUGAUGGCCUCAUAGCCUCCAGUGAUGAUGAGGUUGUCCAGGGAGGGGUGCAAGUCAAAGAGAUCAUUUUGGAUAAGGAGUCACACAUUACAAAAGUCCCUGCCUUUCGACAUGCCAUGGAUUCUUUCUCAAAAAGGAGCACGAACAAUGCUAACGUAGAUUUGCAUAGCUAUUUUGCGUCCAACGGAGGUGCGGCUGCGUCUGUAGACAGAAGCAAGGACAAUUUAGAGAAGCUAUUCAACAGCUACCGCGGUUAGUUUUAUGUCAAAUUUUUGAUGGGCAAUACUGAUAUCUGUUUACAUUAGAUGUCAAUGACGAAGAAGACACUGUUGGAACAGAUGGAACCAUGAGAUAUCUGACUGCAGACCUCAAACUAAACAUUGAAAAUUCUGAAAUGCUCAUUCCCCUCGAAAUUGUUCAAGCACCUUCAAUCGGCGAUAUGACCAAGGAAGGAUUCGUCAAUGGAUGGAAGGCUGUUGGGUAUGUCUGGCAUUUGAAAUUUCAUAAUACUUGCUGACAUAUUCUAGUGCUGAUACUAUAUCAAAGCAACGAGCAUAUAUCACUACACAAGUUCGCCAACUCUCCACAGACAUGACACUCUACAAGCGCGUCUACAGAUAUGUGUAUGUUUGUGCUCGGGAGAAAGGACAGAAGGCUCUACCAGUUGACCAAGCAAUUACUUAUUGGGAGGUCUUGUUCACUCACCCUGGAAUGACAUUUACUACCGCCUCGACCAGUUGGACUGCAUUGUGGUUCGAAUUUCUCGGUUCAUGGACCAAAACUGUCAACAAGGAUAUGUGGAACAUGACUUUGGAGUUCUUACAAAAGGCAAUGAGCGAUGAGACGUUGAGCUUCUGGAAUGAGGAUGGUGCUUGGCCAAGUGUCAUUGAUGACUUUGUAGCUUGGGUUAAGGAGAAAAGAGGUGAGGGAGAGAAGAUGGAGACCGACUAG